CCCUUUUAAUUAUGAGUUGUACGAUGAAUAAGCAUGUUGAAAAAAUAUAAUUCAAAAGAAAAAUGAGUUUGAUCACUUUAUAAAACCUAAGCUUUCCAAUAAAAUAGUUCGAUAUCGACACUUUCUCUGGAUUUUGAUCACUUAACAGGUACGUACUAGUUGUCAAUGUUCUGGGACUGGUGUACACCAAAUUGCAGUUACCAUCCUCAAUCCGCCUUGUAAUCUCGGGAAAUCCUCUGUGGAAGAGUCCUGGUUUCCUCAUGUAUGAUUUUCUCGGUGACAAGAUCCUUUUAUCACUAUUAGCAACUGGGGUAGGUGCGGCAUUUGGUGCUACACUGGAUCUCAAGAAAAACCUGGAUGACUUGGAUGAUAUCCUUCAAGAAAACUAUAACAAAGUGGCCCUUUCCCUAAUUCGAGUAAAACUCGAUGAUUUUUUUAGCAAGGCCUAUGUCUCAGCAGGAUUCCUUCUCAUUGCUUUGCUCACCUCAGUAAUUUCGUCUGUAAUUUCAUCUUUGGAUCUCACCAAGAAGACCUACUAAUAAACAAUAAGAAAUCUUUUUAAU